ACAAUGCUCUCGCGCGUCGCUUGUUUAUGGUGACGUCAGGGCGCAGUCUCUUCAGUCUCUGGGUGGCGGCAGACAGUCUGUCUGCGCGUACAACACGACUUCGAAUAAAACAGUAAAAACGCGGAAUAUUAACACAAACAUGAGUCUGCACUGCAGCUAAAGGAUCCAAUGGGAAGACGGGAUACUGAACGGCAGUGCUGAGAGUUGUACAAUGCAGUGAACCAAAUGGGGCAUUGCAGUACCCGAAUCAUCGUCCUGUUCCUGCUUCAGUUCUUACAGACAUCAGCUAAAGAUGUCUCCAUUGGCUGCAUGUGUGUGGGCAGUGACUGUAAUGAGCAGCAGUGUACCGGAGACCAGUGUUACACCUCCGUUAUCAUCACAAACGAUGUGACAACGUUCAAACGCGGCUGCCUGGUUGGGCUGGAGAGCAAGCGCAUGACCUGCUCCGCGACACACACAGCUAGUCGUGUCGUAGAAUGCUGCUCACAACACAUGUGCAACGCCAACGUCUCCAAAGAGACCCUGCUUCGACUACUGCUGACCAGUCCAGAAACUGAAAAGCCUGUGCAUUACCGUGUGGAGAUGCUGGUUCUCUUUGUGUUGGGGCCGUUUGUGGUUCUGGGUUUUCUGUCUGUGCUGGCUCUGCUGGUGUGCCGUCGACUCCAUCAUGGGCGUCUGGAAAGACUGCACGAGUUCGACACUGAGCAGGGGGCCAUCGACGGGCUCAUCGCGUCUAAUGUCGGAGACAGCACACUUGCGGACCUGAUGGAUCAUUCUUGCACAUCAGGCAGUGGAUCAGGACUGCCAUUCCUGGUGCAGAGGACGGUUGCGCGGCAGAUCAGUCUGGUAGAGUGUGUUGGUAAGGGACGGUAUGGUGAAGUGUGGAGAGGUCAGUGGCAAGGAGAGAACGUAGCUGUGAAGAUCUUCUCCUCCAGAGAUGAGAAGUCAUGGUUUAGAGAGACAGAAAUAUACAACACUGUUCUACUACGACAUGAAAAUAUAUUAGGAUUCAUGGCUUCUGACAUGACCUCCCGAAACUCCAGCACUCAGCUGUGGCUCAUCACACACUAUCACGAGAACGGCUCUCUCUAUGACUACCUGCAGCGUGUUGCCGUGGAGAUGGCAGAUGGGCUGCACAUGGCGGCGUCGGUAGCCAGCGGGCUGGUGCACCUGCACACGGAGAUUUUUGGCACUGAAGGCAAACCGGCCAUCGCUCACAGAGACCUAAAGAGCAAGAACAUCCUGGUGAAGAAAGACCUGCAGUGCUGCAUCGCUGACCUGGGUCUGGCAGUAACACACACGCAGUCUGAUAAUCAGCUGGACGUGGGAAACAAUCCUAAAGUGGGAACCAAGCGCUACAUGGCACCAGAGGUUCUAGAUGAGACCAUCCAGACAGACUGUUUCGAUGCCUAUAAGCGGGUGGACAUCUGGGCCUUUGGUCUGGUGCUGUGGGAGAUCGCUCGCAGAACCAUCAGUAAUGGAAUCGUCGAGGAAUACAAGCCACCUUUCUACGACCUGGUGCCUAACGACCCUAGCUUUGAUGACAUGAGGAAAGUAGUUUGUGUGGAGCAGCAACGGCCGUUCAUUCCCAACCGCUGGUUUUCAGAUCCUACCCUCUCCGCUCUGGUGAAGCUCAUGAAAGAGUGCUGGUACCAGAACCCGUCGGCUCGACUCACUGCCCUGCGUAUCAAAAAGACUCUGGAUAAAAUCCACAGCUCGCUGGAGAAGGGCAAAACCGACUGCUGAGGAGAGAGAGCCUGCGUGUAUCCAGACCAUUGGAUUCGAGCGCUGGCGUCUGUCCCAACCCUAACAUGCUGUUCAUUCGCUUUGUUCUUCCUGUCCAUUGGCCUAAAAACUUUUUAUAGAGAAUUCUGCUCUUUUAUGGAUGGUUUUUCCCACUGAACCCAGUGGGAUUCCCAUUUCCCCUCCACAAAAGGAGAGAAAUACGGACACAGUCUGACAGGCCUUGAAUUGAACCCUCAAUUAUGGAUUUUUUUUACGCCAUCACAUUGUCUAUUUAACCAUUGGCAAACUUUUAAGAUUUGUACUUUUCGGGAAAAACGAAGAGGACACGCUGAAAUGCAAUCUCUACCCGUAGUGUGUGUGUGUGUGUGUGUGCGCAUGAUUCUUAUUACAACCAGAAGAACUUUAUAGCUGUAAUGUCACUUGCUUUUAGAAAUAUGAUGGUUUUUGAGCUUUUCAAAGGUCCCAAUAAUUCUUGUAGAUAAUUUAGGCAAAAGUCAGUCACAGUUUUUGAAUUAGCUACAGUGAACUUGUGUUAUAAAGCUCUUUGGUUACAAAAUGCCGCUAUGUAUAGUAGAGAACUACAGACUCUCUUAAAUUAGGCUUGUUUAGUGAUUCUGAAGCAGUGGUUAAAGGGAUAAUUCACCUAAAAAUGAAAAAUCUGUCAUUCAUAUAAUUUUAACUAGGGAUGCACCGAUAUGAAAAUUUUAGCCGAUACCGAUAAUUCUUCAUGUUUGAAAUCUAAUAACUGAUAUAUUGGCCCAUUAAUCUAAAUCAAAAUUUUUAUAUAAUUUGAGAGCCUGAUUACAAAAACAAAAGUCUCAAAUUUUGGCCGAUACUGAUAACCGAUAAUUCUUUAUAUUUGAAAGCCGAUAACCGAUAUAUUGCCCGAUAAAAAAUUAUAUAAAAAUUUUGAAUUUAGAUUUGAGAGCCUGAUUACAAAAACAAAAGUCUCAAAUUUUGUCCGAUACCGACAACCGAUAAUUCUUUAUAUUUGAAAUCUAAUAACUGAUAUAUUGGCCCAUUAAUCUAAAUCAAAAUUUUUAUAUAAUUUGAGAGCUGAUUACAAAAACAAAAGUCUCAAAUUUUGGCCGAUACCGACAACCGAUAAUUCUUUAUAUUUGAAAUCUAAUAACUGAUAUAUUGGCCCAUUAAUCUAAAUCAAAAUUUUUAUAUAAUUUGAGAGCUGAUUACAAAAACAAAAGUCUCAAAUUUUGUCCGAUACCGACAACCGAUAAUUCUUUAUAUUUGAAAUCUAAUAACUGAUAUAUUGGCCCAUUAAUCUAAAUCAAAAUUUAUAUAAUUUGAGAGCUGAUUACAAAAACAAAAGUCUCAAAUUUUGGCCGAUACCGAUAAUCUUUAUAUUUGAAAGCCGAUAACUGAUAUAUUGGCCAAUAAAUCUAAAUCAAAAUUUUUAUAUAAUUUUUGAGAACCUGGUGGACAGUGCGCAUCUGUCUCAGCUGAAGGAAAUAAUCCAUUAUUUAUCGGCUUUAAUAUAUCGGCCAAAUUUUCUUAUCAGGCCGAUAACAAUAACAUUAAAAAUGAACAUUUAUCGGCCGAUACCGAUAUGGUGGCUGAUAAAUAUUGUGCAUCCCUAAUAUUAACCCCAAAUUACUUUGUGACCAGGGACUGUCAACAUCCCUGAAAGUGACAGAAAAAGUUCUAUAGGUUUGGAAUUACAUUAGUAAAUGAUGUAAAUGAUGAUAGAAUUCAUCUCAUGAGGGCUUCCUUUGACACAAGGCCUUUCUGACCUGUUGCCUCUAUGCCUGCCUGACAAAAAGCCAUUGUAGCACAUCAUAGUGCUUUUUUUUGUAGCCGUUUGUCUUUCUCUUUGCCCUCACCGGCAUGCGUACUUGAUGUUUCUUCACUGACAAUCAGCCGCUGUCCAGUAGGCCUGAAUUAUUUGCUAAUGUUGUGUACAAAACCCUAAUUACGCAUUUAAGCUGACAUGUCAACACACUAACAAAGCUAGCCGUAGUCAUAAACAGACUCUGGUUUUGUGAAUUUGCAUAUUUGUUUAUCCUCACGCUUUUUGACACUUUUGUAUCACGGUUUUCAACAUGCGCCAUAAACCGAGAGUAUGCGAAUGAUUUUUACAUUUUAAACGUUUUUUGACUAUUUAAAAGUGCGGCGUCACUCUAAUAUAGGAUUUAUGAGGUUUACAAAGGAAAACACUACAGUUGCAUCCCAAGUCGAGAUGGUUUGUGUACGUUGCUUUUGGAUUGGAUUGAGUUGAGUGUGAUGUUUUGUCGACGCUGUCAUGACACACUACAUGUACCGCUCAACACUGGUCACUUUUGCUCUCCCACAAACGACUGAACGUUUACAUAUGUGUUCUACUGGGGAAUGAUCUUAGGAAUUAGACUACAGGAAUUGUUGCAUUAUGAACUGUGAAUAUGUUAUAAUGAAGAACCCAUAUCUGUAUGAUGUUACUGGAAUAUAAAAUGCAAGACACGGUUAUGAAUUAAAAAAAACUGCUCUCUUUGUUGGUUACAACAGUA